AUGGUACAGGAUAUCGAGGGCAGUGACGCAAUAGUGGACGAUAUACUUGUCUGGGGAGCCAACAUGAAGGAGCACGACGAGAGGCUGAAACGAGUUCUCGGACGCGUGCGAGAGUACAACCUUACACUGAGCAAGGAUAAAUGUCAGUUCAGGAAGGACCGCGUAACUUACGUUGGACAUGAACUCUCAGAUAAAGGUGUAAAACCUGACCCAGAGAAAGUACGAGCAGUCCAGGAAAUGGACCCACCGAGAAAUAAAGAAGAACUCAUGACUUUCCUCGGAUUUCUGCAGUACUUGGGAAAGUUUCUUCCCAGUAUGUCGGAAAAAUCUGCACCUCUACGCCAACUACUGCAAAAGGACAUAGCAUGGCACUGGGAAGAGGAACACAUGAAGUGUUUUGAAACACUGAAGGAUCUUGUUAUCAAAGCGCCAGUUCUGCGUUACUAUGAUAAAAAUAAAGAACUUGUACUGACAGUAGACGCUAGCUCAAAGGGACUUGGUGCAGCAUUAGUCCAGGAAGGACAACCCAUAGCAUUUGCCUCGAGGGCAUUAACCACAUGUCAGCAGAACUAUGCGCAAAUUGAGAAGGAGACAUUGGCUAUCGCCUUUGGUUGCACAAAAUUUCAUCAGUACGUGUUUGGCAGACAUGUCCUAGUAGAGAGUGACCACAAACCAUUGCAGUCAAUAUUCACGAAGCCACUCUUCCAGGCCCCGCCUCGUCUUCAAAGGAUACUGCUGACGUUGCAGAAAUAUGACCUGAAAGUGUCUUAUAAACCAGGAAAGGAAAUGUUCCUAGCGGAUACAUUAAGCCGUGCAUUUCUGAAGGAGUCCAACGAGGACUUAGUUCCGGAUAUUGCGGUGAAUGAGGUACACCUAUUAUCGUACUUGCCUGUGUCACCAGAGAAGUUACAGGAAUUCCGCAAAGCUACAGCUGAAGAUGUAGAGUUACAACAACUUCAGAAAGUUGUUUUGGACGGUUGGCCGGACAGGAGGGAUCAAAUAUCAUUAAAUAUUAGACAAUAUUGGGAUAGUCAGGAUGAGAUAUCUUGUGUGGACGGCUUACUGUUUAAAGGACACAAACUUGUAGUUCCCAGAACCCUACGUCCGGAGAUGUUGAAAAUCAUUCACAGCUCGCAUCUUGGAAUUGUCAAAUGUAAGUCACGAGCAAGGGAUACAUUAUUCUGGCCAGGCAUGUCUUCAGAAGUAGAAGAUGUCGUCUCAAAAUGUUCAGUUUGUGCACAGCACAUCAACCGGAACCCGAAAGAACCCCUGGUGGAAACAGAAAUUCCUAAUAGGCCCUGGUCAAUAGUGUCAGCAGACAUAUUCGAGUACAAGGGACAAAACUACCUGUUAUCCGUUGACCAUUACUCGAAAUGGCCGGAAGUAGCAAAACUUGACAACAUGAGUAGUAACAAUACCAUUCAGUAUAUCAAGAGUCAGUGUUCCAGAUAUGGAAUAAUGGACAAAUUAAUUACGGACAAUGGCCCGCAAUUUGCAAGUGCAGAAUUCAACGAGUUCACAAAACAGUAUGGAAUUCAACAUGAAACCUCCAGCCCUCACUAUGCACAGUCUAAUGGACAGGCUGAACGUUGUGUACAAACCGUGAAGAAUCUUCUUCGUAAAGCUGACAAUGGUGAUCCAUACAAAGCCUUGUUAGUAUACAGAAACACAGCUAUUGAGGACAUGAAACUUUCUCCUGCGCAAAUGUUUCUGGGCAGACGCUUAAAGUCUGACUUACCAACGACUGCACCUCUUUUAAGUCCAGGUGUGAUACAGCCAAAUGACUUGAAAUCGCAUAUGAAGGCAAGACGAGUAAAACAGAAGUUUUACUAUGACCGACAUAGUGGUCCAGCUCUUAAACCACUAAACCCAGGUGACAAUGUUAUCAUGCAGAAAACACAACACAAGCAAUGGAUUCCAGCAACAGUUUCACAAAAACACCACAACCCAAGAUCCUAUAUUGUGGAAACAAGCACCGGAAGUAAAUACCGGAGAAACCGGAAAUACCUUCGACUUACAAAGGCGGAGUUCCCCAAUAUGAAUUGCGAUGAUGAGCCAUUUAUUCCAACAGUGAAUCCGCCACAACAAGGAACAGUUGUAAAGCCUGAUAAUCAACAACCAAGCACCAGUGACAAUAAUCAGGAAAACGCGAAUCCACCUAUGUCACAAUUUGGACAAUCAACCCCACAGAAAACCAGAUCGGGACGAAUUGUUGUGCCAAACAGAAAAUAUCGUGAUUAUGUGACAUAA